UGUCACUUGCAUUAAUAGUUCAGUUGCGUACCGUAUUUCGCUGAUUGUAAACCUGAUCUGCAAGAGUAAAAUGUCUCCGCUUUUUUUGAUAACGAAAUGACUUAAAAGAAAAUAAAAAAGGCUACUACCGAAACGAAAUAAUUUCUAUGGGUGACAAUUCAAAGUUAAUUGAGGAUACUCCAAGAGAAACUUACGUCGAACAGGCUUUUGCAUAUGAAUAUAAUGGGUUGAAAGUUGACAGCAGCAAGUUAGAUAAAAAGAAUAAAUUAGACUCUAAUGCCGCGGAUUUAUCAAAGAACCGGUGGGCAAAAAUUUUAGACGAAGUUCAGCCCGUAGCACCAGUUUUAUUUAAACUAUUUCCAUCCAUGACACUUCGAUACAAAUUGGUUAUCAAUGAAUUAAAAACCUUUAUUCGUGACCUUCCAUUUUCGCAAGAUCUUUUACCUACGUACAUAAGACUUUGUAAAAGUUCUAUCAAAUUUCUGCAACAAGGAAAGAAAAAACAAUUGUGGAAGAGAUAUUCAAACAAAGCGGAGUUUGAGCAGUUAGAGAAUACUCUAAAGUUGUUAUUUAGCAACAUGAUAUCUAUAGCUAUUGAAUUGGAAGUUGAUUUGGAUAUCUGCAAAAGUGAAGCAAUUUAUGUAAUAAAUCAAAAUAAAAAACAGGCUGGUGAAUAUACAAAUAUUCUAGUAGAGAAAAAAAAGGAUGAAAAUAAUAAAAACAAUCUGGAAACUAAUCAUGACUAUGUUGAUAAAUCACAAAUUUGGUGGAAAGAAACGUUAGAAGGAAUUCAACCUAUAGCUCCAGUUUUAACAAGCAGAUUUCCAAGCAUGAGUGGAAAGUACAGAUUUGCUAUUACACAUUCAAUAGAAACUAUCCAAGCACUUCCAGAAUCACAACAUCUAUUACCUACGUAUAUAAGUUCUUGUAAGCAACUAUUCCGGUUGUUACAAUACGAAAAAAGAAAAGGAUUAUGGAAUGAUUUUGCAAUUAUAAGUGUUGAACUUCAACAGUUAGAGGAUUCUCUACGUAUUCUAUUUAGCAAAUUGGUAUAUUCAGCUGUUGCGUUAAAUGUCGAAUUAAUUAUAAGGAAAAAAAUUAAAGAAGGUAUACGUUAAACUGAAAUGUUUCUUCGGAAGGUAUUUGAACAUGUGUAUAUAUAAGCUGGUGAAAUAAAUUAACUUGAGCCUAAUCUUUGAAUUUCUUUUUUGUAAUUAUAGAAUAUCUAUUAAACUAACAUAUUCUGAAAGACAAAUAAAUUUUAUACACGCACGAAGAUUUACUUAUCACAGUAUAAGCAGUAUAAACGCAACAGUAUCAAACAACAAAAUUACUUGAUAAAGCGAAACAAAAUCAACAAAAUUACUUGAUAAAGGGAAAAGCUAUUAUUAUAAUGCACAUUGAAUAUUCAAAAUAUAUAAGAAUUUACGUCGUAGGUAAAUUGUU